AAAGUCAAAGAUGUUAGGGUAGGAGCACACUUUGCAACACCGACUCUUCCCCCAACACGCCCUCCAUUCAAUUCAUUUAUUAACGCACCCUAGUCUUCCUUUAUUUUGCAGCAUUUCUUCUUCCCAAACUUUGGAAAAAGUCCUCUUUUUAAUGCCUUCUCUAUCUCUCUCUCUCUCAAAUUUCCGUGUAUUGACUUUCUCGAUUUGAACAAUUUGCUUCGCCGCUCUUCUUCUCCUUCUUGUAUAUAACCGUAUCCGCUCUCACAUAAACCUUGUGAAGCCUAUUUUUUCAACUCCUAGAGUGUUUCAGAUCAUUUUGGCCAUCAAUCUCACAGCAUAUUCUCUCUCUCAAGUAAGUCCUGGUUUUGGCUUCUGUUUGAGGUUAUCUGAUCACAUUUCAGUAUAGAAACGUCCGUUUUGGUUUGUUUGAUUGGCUAUAUUCUUUUGUGGAUAUAGAUCGAAUAGUUUAAAUCUUGUUCUGGGGUUAUCUCAUAUUUCAAUAUAGUUUUCUAUAUCGAAUGGAUGAAAUCGAUGUUCCUUCUCAUUUUAUGUGCCCAAUUUCCCUGCAACUCAUGAGAGAUCCAGUCACGGUUGCAACUGGGAUCACAUACGAUCGAGAGAACAUAGAGAGAUGGUUGUUUUCAUGCAAAAACAACACUUGUCCAUUCACAAAACAGGUACUUGUUGACACAGACCUAACUCCAAACCACACCCUUCGAAGAUUGAUCCAGGCAUGGUGCAUCGUCAACGCCUGUCAUGGGGUUGAACGGAUUCCAACACCAAAGCCUCCUAUCGACAAAGCCCAGAUCAUCAAACUCCUCAAUGAUGCCAUCAAGUUCCCACAGAUGCAGCUCAAAUGCCUCCAAAGGCUUAGAUCCAUUGCAUUCGAAAGCGACAGGAACAAAAAGUGUUUGGAAGCUGCAGGUGCAGUUGAAUUCUUAGCUUCCAUCAUAAAGAAAGAUGAAUCAGCAGUGAUUGAAGUUGUUCUGGAGGAUGGUUCUCGUGAGUUUACAAGAGCAAGUGAUGAGGCGCUGAGCAUCCUCUAUCAACUCGAAACCUCGGAAGCGGCCCUCAAGAGUCUUGUAAGCAGUAACUACGGAUUUAUAGAGUCGUUGGUACAUGUUCUGAAAUGCGGAAACUACCAAUCUCGGGCAUAUGCAGCCAUGCUAUUGAAGUCCAUCUUCCAGGUGGCAGAUCCAAUCCAAUUGAUCAAUGCUAGCCCUGAAUUGUUCACGGAGAUAGUCCAUGUAUUGCGCGAUGGGAUUUCACAGCAAGCCUCAAAGGCAGCACUGAAGCUUCUUGUGGAGCUUUGUCCAUGGGGAAGAAACCGAAUCAAGGCAGUGGUAGCCGGUGUAUCACAUGUCUUGAUUGAGCAUCUUCUUGACACCUCAGAAAAGAGAACCUGUGAACUAAUCCUAGUUGUUUUGGAUCAACUAUGCAGCUGUGCUGAAGGGCGAGCGGAGCUGUUGAAGCAUGGGGCUGGGCUGGCCAUAGUUUCCAAGAAAAUACUUAGGGUUUCUCAGGUGGGAACUGAUAGGGCAGUGAAAAUCUUGGCCUCUGUUUCAAAGUUUUCAGCAACUUCUAGGGUUCUUCAAGAGAUGUUGCAAGUGGGUGUUGUUUCCAAGUUGUGUUUGGUGCUUCAAGUGGACUCUAGUAAAAAAACCAAAGAGAAAACAAGGGAGAUCCUCAACUUGCACUCUAGGGUUUGGAAGAACCCUUCAUGUAUUCCUGCUCGUUUGUUCUCAUCUUAUCCAUCUUCUUGAGUGAAGGCUAAUUUUCGUGUACAUAAUUGGAUUAUGGCAAAUGGGGCAAAUUGUCCCUCUAAGGAUUUUAAGUAUAAAUCUUCAUUUGAAAUUCA